AGGAGGAGGAGGAGGAGGAGGAGGAGGAGGAGCUGCAGCAGCAGCAGAUGGAGGAAGAGGAGGCGUCCUGUCCGUCUGUGUCCAGAGGAGAGGAGCGGCCGCCAUGUUAACCAAGAAGCCCGGAACCUCGGUCCUCCCGACGGGCAAAGUGGGCGAGCCGGUCUACUCUCCUGGUCACAGUGGCUCUCAGACGACGUCGCCUGUCGCCUUGCCGCGGCUUCGCAACAACAACCACCACAACCCCCUGACGGGAGGCACUAAAGCCGCCAUGUCGGACGCCGUCCAGCUAUCAGCGCAGUCGCAGGUCCACGUCACCCAGCUGUACGAGGAGAACACCACCAAGCGUCCGGUCCUCACCUCCCAACCCAACGGCCUGGCUCCGCUCAGCUCCACCCGGUCGGGGCUGCCACUGCCGGACCGCCAGACCUCGGCCUCGGAGCCCGCCCACCACUGCCGGCAGGGCAGCGCCGCCUCCAACAAGACGGCGGACGGCAAGCCAAAGCCCACUUCCUUGACCCCGGAGCAGGCCAUGAAGCAGUUCAUGUCCAAGAUGUCGUCAUUCGAGCACCACGAGGUGUUCAGCUACCCUGAGGUGUAUUUCGUGGGUCCGAAUGCCAAGAAGAGGUCAGGGGUCAUGGGCGGAGCCAACAACGGCGGCUUCGACGAUGAUCAGGGAUCCUACAUCCACGUUCCACACGACCACGUCUCCUACCGCUACGAAGUCCUGAAGGUCAUCGGCAAGGGCAGCUUUGGACAGGUGGUGAAGGCCUUCGACCACAAGUCGCAGACCCACGUCGCUCUGAAGAUGGUCCGCAACGAGAAGCGCUUCCACCGGCAGGCGGCGGAGGAGAUCCGCAUCCUGGAGCACCUGAGGAAGCAGGACAAGGACUCGAGCAUGAACGUCAUCCACAUGCUGGAGAACUUCACCUUCCGAAACCACAUCUGCAUGACCUUCGAGCUGCUCAGCAUGAACUUGUACGAGCUCAUCAAGAAGAACAAGUUCCAGGGCUUCAGCCUCCCGCUGGUCAGGAAGUUCGCCCACUCCAUCCUGCAGUGUCUGGACUCGCUGCACAAGAACCGCAUCAUCCACUGCGACCUCAAGCCCGAGAACAUUUUACUGAAGCAGCAGGGACGCAGCGGCAUCAAGGUCAUAGAUUUUGGUUCUAGCUGUUAUGAACAUCAGAGAGUUUACACCUACAUCCAGUCCAGGUUCUACCGAGCGCCAGAGGUCAUUCUAGGCUCCAGGUACGGGAUGCCUAUCGACAUGUGGUCUCUGGGCUGCAUCCUGGCCGAGCUGCUCACCGGGUACCCGCUGCUGCCGGGCGAAGACGAAGCCGACCAGCUGGCCUGCAUCAUCGAACUACUGGGCAUGCCCAGCCAGAAGCUCCUUGACGCCUCCAAGAGAGCGAAGAACUUUGUGUCGUCCAAAGGAUACCCGCGGUACUGCACUGUCACCACGCUGCCCGACAGCACCACCGUGCUGAACGGCGGCCGCUCGCGACGAGGGAAGGUACGCGGCCCACCGGGGAGCAAGGACUGGAGCGCGGCGCUGAAAGGCUGCGAUGACCCGCUGUUCUUGGACUUCCUCAAACAGUGUCUAGAGUGGGACCCUGCGCUCAGGAUGACGCCCAGCCAGGCGCUGCGCCACCCGUGGCUGAGGAGGCGGCUUCCCAAACCGCCAACGGGAACCACCUCGGCGGAGAAGACCACCUCCUCCACCUCCUCCUCCAAACGGGGCAUCGCCACCACCACCGACGGCGCCAUCACCUCCAUCUCCAAACUCGCCACCACCUCCUCAACCACCACGUCCUCCUCCUCCAAAACCAGGACUAACUUGGCAGCGAUCACCGAUGCCAACGGAAACAUCCAGCCUAGGACGGUUCUGCCCAAGCUGGUCAGCUGAGAGUGAACGCACCCCGCCCGCCGUGGUGGGAGUUUGUAAGCUGUGCUCACGAGCGACCAGCUGGAACUGAAUAAAAACUGGUUUGUCCAGUUUUUGAGGAGCGUUUUGGUUUUUUUUCACGCUGGUUUUCGCAGCGUUGUUGGAGUGCGUUCAGGACAAACAGUCGUGGAAAAAAACGCGUUGUGGGGUUGUUGUUGUUUUUUUUUUUAAAUGUGCAGAAAGUCCGGGGCCUGGAUGUAAGCCGAGCUGAAGGAAACUUUAUUGAUAAAUUGGGGUGCGUUCAGACAAAUUCUCAGUCCUGUCUGGGAAAAAAAAAAAAGACAACGACGUUUUUACGUUGCGAGCAGCAAGAACAGAAAGUGACCACAUAUGUUUGAAACGAUUGUGGGGCUGCUCAGACAAUCAGAAACACACCACUCUGUAGCUCCAAACACACAAACACAUCAAAAACAUGGUGCUGACGGAGGGAACAAGGCUUUUUUUUUUUUAUGUUUUUAGCACAGAAUCUAUUUCGCUGAGCUGAUAGUCGAUUAAUCGAUUAGACACCAAAAACAACUUUUUACGACCUUUAGUCUUACAAGGUUAUAUCUGCAGACAUUUGUAGGGUAACUGCUCAUGAAAUGGGUUCAUGUGGCAAAUAAGUCUGAUAUAUCCUGAUAAAACUAAGGCGACAGCAGCAAAAAAACAAAAAAAAAAAAAAAAAAGCCAAGAUUAGCUCGCUAAUCUUUGUUUCAUGAAAUAAUUUAGUGUUACGUUUCAGUUUGGGGAACAUUUGUGUGAAUUUGUCGGCUCUUUUGACAAGUGACGACACAAUUAGUCAAAUCCUUGCAACCCGAACUGAACCGUCUACCUGUUAGCUGGCUAAUUCUCUUAGCUAGCUGUUGUUUUACAGUGUGUAGCUAGCCUGUGUUGCCGCGCUAGCUCAGUGCCUGUCUGCUGGCUAACUGUUACCUGGCUAACGACCGGCGGUUAGUUGUUAGACAGCUGUUUGUUUUGUGUUUAGCUGUCACUUUGCUACCUUUUUUUAACUGGCUAGCAGUUAGCCUAGCAGACUUUUAAAUCAGUCAGCUAGCGACAGCUGGUUUACUGUUUGCCUUUUUUUGGCAGUCUGGUGGCUAGCCUUAGCCUUUUUUUAGCCAUAGCCUGUUAGCUCUCCACUGCCCAGCCUUACGAAGCACAGAUUCAGAGUUUGUUUUUAAGUUUUGUGAAGCUCAGCGAGAAGAGAAGAGAGUUGACGGACAAAAAGACCAGAAAAGAAGCAUGUUUGUGUUAACUUGAACCAUUUCGUUCCCUGUUUAAUUCACAAAAUCUGAUUAUUAAAGGGCACGAAAUGGCUUCAGGGAGCAGUGAAGAAGACAAGUUAUGAACCAUGUUAAAAUCAAAGGGCUCUGAUAUAAAAGAAAAAGGGGAUGUUGGUAACCAAAGUCUUUUUGGAACAGAAAGCUAGCAUUGGCAUCAAACUAAAAAACAAGAUCAAAAGUUGUUGAAGCUAACGUGGGAGAAACUAUUACCUGGAUAAAAUAACAAUAUUCCAGUAUUACAGACCACUUCAGGACCAUUUAUGAUGAAUAUUUUAGGCAUAGCCAUUUUAAAUAAUUACUUUUAUGACUUGUAAAUUGACAAGAAAAAAAAAAAUGAAGUGGAAAAUGAAUUUUUAGCGUGCUAGUAAAAUUCCAGGCUUCAGGGAAAGACUUCCAGACACACAGAAGUCACAUGGCGGCGAAACAUCUCACGGCACAGAGCAGUGUUUGUUUGGAUGGCUGUAAAAAAAAAAAAAAAAAUAGGCGACGUAUUAGCUUUAAAUAAUUGAUUUUAAAAACCGUCUAUUUGGAGUCUGUGUGUCUGAGCAGUGAAGAUGUUUAAUGACCGUUCUUAAACUCGUAUGUAACCCGACCUCAGCAAUAGCCUGAAGGUACCAGAGAAAUGUGAGCCUGUUACCGUGGAGUCUGCAGACGGUCAGCUGGUUGUAUAGAAAUAUAAUAAUGAGAACAAUAUUUAAAUAUCUGUACCAACUGAACACAUCGUGGAGUCUCUCCCAAGAUCUGGAACAAAAAGCCUCGUGAGCGGCAUAUUUUAAAAUCUACUGUCACACAGAAUCACUCUGGAGCUAACACGGUGUUAACAUGUGACGGUCUCAGAUGGAAGAGAGUUCCGGGUUUUAAUUUCAGGGUUUAAAUUUAAAACAAAACGAGAAUAAUAGCGUCAUUAAAAAGGGGCUCCAGUCACAUCAGUGUGGGUGUUUUCAUGUGUCUCUUGAGAUGGUUAGUGGCAGGUUUCCAUCCAAAUGUAAUGCAGAUUUUAACAGUAGGUGGCGCCGAUUCUCCAGUCUGGGGUCAUUAAACCUUUUGCAGAAAAAGAAGAAGGUGCAAUCAGAUGAUGUAUGGCAGCACGGUGGCUCAGUGGUUAAAGCUCUUGGGAUUAACAGCUGUGGAGUUUGCAGGUUUCCUCUGCCGUCAAAAACAUAUAUGUUCGCUUAACUGUCACUGACUAAAUUCCACUAUGGGAUCAAACAACAAUAACUUAAAGGCUUUAUAUUCGAAAUUCACUUGCAAAGGCUGCGACGGAAGCUAACUGUGCCCGUCAACGUCGGUCCACUAACCAGAAUCAGCCAUUAUAUCGCUCCCCACCACUGCUGAGGAGAAAGAGGUAAUUUUACCUCUCAUAACAUCAUAACUUCAUUUAAAGUGGACAGAAACAGAAUCAAACUCAUUAAAAGCGUCUCUGUUAGUGUUUCCAACAAUCACCAACUCUGGUUUGGUGGAAAUAAAUCCUUAAUUCACCGACGUAGAUGAUAAAAACAGCAGUUUCAGUCGGAGCAGACCGGCUGUGGAAACAAACCACAGAGAGGCUGCGAUACAACACAGGCAGAGGGAGAGAGACACCAUGUGACUCUGUCUUUUAAUCACUGUUCGCUGCUUUUUGGAACGUUUCCACUCAGGUUUUAUUAGAAAUCAGCGCCUCCUGGCAGCAGGAGGUCUCUUUCUCUCUCACAGUUCAAAGACGUGAAGGUUAGCUGAACUCGUAAGUCUGAAAUCUGGUUAUCAGAGCGUUUACGUGAAUUAAGUAACCAGGUUAAUACGGGCUUCCGCAGUAAUCUGAGUUAAUGAAGGCGAAACUCAAGAAUCUGGUGAUCACAGUAGGAGAUUAGAGAAUUCACCGGAUUGAUUUUACCUGGAUGAAAACCCAAUUUAUCAACACGGUUUAUUAUGUUUACAAUAUUUCAAGUUAUUGUUGCAGUAAAACGAUAAAUUAAAGCUAAUAUGAAAUAAUAAGAAACUAUACAUAAUAUUUUACAUUACAGACUUUUAAAAACAAAUUUAAUGUUCUUGUAAAAGUUAAAAUAUCCUUUGCAUUGCAUUCUGGGUAAGACUCCAGACUGGUGUGACUGGGCCCGACGCGAUCGGACAAUAUUGAUUUAUAGGUUCUAGUACAAAGUGUGUGAUUAAACGGCGACUCGGUAGGAGAAUGAAAAGAAAUUUAAAGAUCCAAAACAUAUAAAAAAAAUUUAAAAAACAGUAACUCUGUAAUCAGUCUGAACUGAUUGAUCAAAGGUCAGUAUUGAUCAGUGGAUCUAUCAAUGUGAUCGGGGAGGGGAGGGACGGGGUGUUUGAAGAUGCUUCUUAUUUAUUUACUACAGUUUAAUUACUAUUUAUUAAUCUAAUCUACAUAUUAACUAUGAUGUGCAGUUCAUACCGUAUACUUGAAUGUGUGUGUGUGUGUGUGUGUGUGUGUGUGUGUGUGUGUGUGUGUGUGUGUGUGUGUGUGUGUGUGUGUGUGUGUAAUGUCGACGUUACGAGAGGUUUUCUUAAAGCUUGUUCCCUCACACACAAACACAAACACACACAUAUCUACACACACGACUGUAUCUGAACGCACUCUGUAGUUUGUGGAGUCAUACUGGUGCGAAGAGGAAGAGGAGGAUGAGGAGGUCGUUUGCGCCGUCGGCCUGGCAACCGUGAUGUAAUGUAGCACGUGGGGGGUAGGGGGGGAAGUGGACGACAACGACGUGAUGCACAAAAGGAACUGAUAUAAACACGAGGACACUACCUGCUCCGCCCAUCUCAGGGGAAGCUCCGCCCCCCUCUCCCUCCUGGACAGGACACAGGAAGUUCCUGAAGGAGGAGGAGAAAGUGUGUGUGUGUGUGGGGGGGGGGGGACUCUGAUGUUUUUUCUGUUUGUUUUCUAAAGAUUUGAUUGGUUGGUUGGUUGUGUUUUUUAAUUUUUUAAUUUUUUUUAGUGAGACGAGUGCUGAGAGUCGUAACUUUGUGCCUUCAGUAUCUCAUCGCCAUGCCACGCCCACCCAACACACACACACACACACACACACACACACACACACACACACACACACACACACACACCAACAGCGGCGAUGUCAUGGCAACAAUCUCUUAUGUAUAACAAAUGUAGAAAGUAUGUUUUUGGUGCAACUCGCAGUGAUGUCAUAGAGACUCAGGUGAGUUUUGGCGGCCAAAGUCUGCGUGCUGAUUGGCUCCCGGUUUGUCUCAGCAAAGCCCAAAGACGCCAUGUCAACCCCCGUGACCUCUGACCUCACAGCCCCUCCCCCUUUCAGACACUCAACCUUCAGCCACGUAGAGCCGAGAACCCCAGUUUGUGGAUGAUCAAUGAUAAUUGAUUAAUUGAUUAAAAACACCUUCAGAGGCUCAGAUAAAGCCACAUAAUGACUUUACACUGGCUCUGUUUAAACCUCUAAGACACUGAACGUUACAUUUAUAAAGUUUUAAAUUAAAAAGCAGAGAGACGGGACCCGAAUGUUGGUUGAGACUGUGCCAACGCUUCGUUUUAUGUUGAUGGAUUAUGAACAGACGAGCGGCCGUUGUACGAACCGGAUAAUCCCGUUUAGAUCCAGACUGAGUGGACUCGUAGAACAACGUUUGGUUCUCUGAGGCUGGAUUGUCCCAGUUGUCUUGAAUGCAGCAUUAAGUGUGUGUUAUGGAAGCCCGUUCCUGCCAGGAAAAGAAAAGUCAAAAUACGUCAAAUUCUAUACUUCCUAUUGUACAAUUUUGUGUAAUUGUAACUUUAAAAACACAACUAUGAAUUAAUAUCUUGUAAUUUUGGGUCCACAAUCUCUAAAAAUGUGACUUUUUUUUCCAUUUUCAGUUUUUUUUUGUAAACUUUAUUGAGAAAAAAGACAUUCAGUACAUGAACUAUACUGAGUAUACCAAACAUUUCAUUAUAAAACUUGCAGCCAUGUGAUAUAAAUAAUAUAAAAAUGUAUUAAAUUGUACAAAAAAGAAAAGAAAACAAGAAAAAACAGCCACAUUUUUUAAAUUUAAGUUCUCAAUAGUUGUCAUAUACGUUUUAAAAACAGGAUCGUAGUAUAGUAUAUAAUAGUAUAAAGGGGGGGUAAUAUUUUAAGCCAAAUCCUUUUUAUUUAUUCUUCUUUUUUUGGGCAGAAAUGGGCUUCCGUAGUGUUUACAGAGCCAUCAGAGUAGGCCAACGCACCAACGACAGAUUGUAGCUUUAAACUGAUUAACACUGACAUCUACGUGUGCGUGUGUGUGUGUGUGUGUGUGUGUGUGUGUGUGUAGGGGGGGGUUGUAUAACAUGGCUGCACAAUGUACAGACACAUAUCAGCCAACUGUCGCCACUCGUCGCCUCGGGACAGACGGGCGACACCUGCUGACGGCAGGGCGAAGCUAACACUAGCCGAUCGACCGCUAGCGUCCAGCCGCUAGCUGCUGCACUGACGUUUUCUCUACGGUGAAGCUAACACUAGCCUACUGCUAACUGACUGCUAGUAGCACCUAGCACGUUUGUAUCUGCUAGCUACAGUCGCGGUGAGCCGCUCACAGAGGCGCUACCGUGAGCUGUUAGCAUUAGCGUUAAUGUGGUUUUUAAUGCGUUUUUUUUUUCAUGUUGGUACCUCAGACUGCUCAGUUAUCAUUAUUAUUAUUAUUAUGAUUAUUACUGUUGUCAUUGUUGUGACUAACACCCAGGGCAUUUGGUUGAAUCUACCAAAGUGCAUUCCUUUACAAAGCUAGCUGAGAGCUAGCCGAGAGCUAGCUGCUCAAACAGGAAGGUAGAAGGUCAGCGUGUCUCUGCGGCCAACACAUUUUAUUUUGAAAUGAGAAAACGAAAUAAAAACAAGUAGUUUAUUGGUUUUGUAAGUAAAAUGGAAAAUGAAAAAAUUACAAAAAAUUAUCGUCAAUGUUUCUAUUAUGAAAACCCAAAAAAUUUAAAACGUAUUACAUAUUUUUUUAUUUUGAAAACAAAAAAACUGACAAAAACGGGUAGUUUUUUUUGUUUGUUUUCUAAAUAAAAAAACAACACGUUUUCUGUGUUUUGUUUUGUUUUGUAAGAAAAAUGGAAAACGAACACAUAAAACUGAAUUUUAUUUUGAAAAAUAAAACUGAAUUUUAUUUUGAAAAAUAAAACUGAAUUUUAUUUUGAAAAAUAAAACUGAAUUUUAUUUUGAAAAAUAAAACUGAAUUUUAUUUUGAAAAAAUAAAUCUGAAUUUUUAUUUCGAAAAAAUAAAUCUGAAUUUUUAUUUCGAAAAAAAUUAAACCGAAAAAUUAUCCUUCAAAUGACCUGUUUUCCAUUGUUUUGUUUUGAAAAUAAAAACUAAAUUUGUUCCGUUCUUUAUAAACGGCGUGUUUCCCAAUGUUUUGGUUUUCUCAUUUUAAAACUAGAAUCUGUUGGUCACAGAGUUACCGAAUCUACCGACCAGAGAAAGUAGGACAGAAAGCAAAAAGUAAGUGAAUAUGGAGGCAAUCGGAGGAAAAGCAGCAGCUGCCUUUCAGACAAUACGGAGGCGAACAUGUGAUAGUGUUUUCUUUUUUUAAACAGGUUUUUAUAAACCGGCUGCGGUCUGGUUUAACUGACCUCUUGGUAGCAUUCGGAAAAAAUACGAUUAUUUUUCUGCUCAUGUGUGAAAGCAGCUGGAGGCUAACUAGCCAGUUGGACUGCUAGCUCGUUAGCCAUUUAGCUUCUAUCGGGAGGUCUCUGCAGCCAGAGGUUAGCCGCUGUUAGCGUGAAGCUGCGCUGUAUUUCUGUGACGUUUGCCAGCUGGGUUUUAUUGUGGAUUUUAUCUGUAAAUAAUGUGGAAAAAUGUUUGAAGAAUUUUUUUUUUUGGGGUUGAAUGCGCUGCUGUGCCACGCCGCGGCCAGUUUUACAACGUACUGUACAGAACACAGAAGUCGACACUUUUUCUAGUGAGCCUUUGUUAAAUUUUAUUGUGGUGAAAAAAAUUAUUAUUAUUAUUAAUAAAACAAUUUUAUUGUUCA